AACUUUCGGAACAACACUUAGCCCUCUAUAGGGUCAGAUUUAUCUCAAACCCUUAACACACUUGUGGUUCCACUUUACCUUUCACAAUAUAGAGUAUGAAAGCUAGGAGACAACCUCAAAUAAGUUCAAGCAUGCAGGUAAACAACAUGGAAUUACAGCUAUAGAAAACCAUGCAUGCCUGUUUUUUUUCAUCAAAGUAGGCUGUCGUUGUUUUGGUCAAUAGGAGGCGGGCAUUAUUUGGAAAACGAAACAGAAAGCAAACCCAAGGGGUUUUCGCACCCAUUGGCAAAAGAAAGCUUACAUUAAAGGGCGAUCUGCGACGCUGUGUAUUCUGAAUGUUGAGCAAUGGCAGGGAAAACUCUUAUUCUGGAGGGUCUAACUGCCGACUUGGACGAUCAAAUCAAAUCAAAGUUAUCAUCGUACUUCCAAAUCAAGAGGCGAUCUGGAGGAGGCGAGAUAUCAGAACUCUACUCAGAUCCAACCGAUAAAAGAAAAGUUGUACUGGUCUAUGUCGAUGACAAAGUUCGAAACGAAGUUUUGUCGAGAAAGACUCAUCAAGUUGAUCUCAAAGGGUCACUGGGGGUAGUAACGCUGCACGUUACACUGCCAGAGGAUGUCAAGUCAGAGCCCGUGUUAUCUUCUGAAGCAGACUUCGUCUGCUAUGACGAGGCAAAGGAAGACGCGGCGCUACUGCGUGUCACCAGUGAGCGCUGCCGGGAAUCCCUCGAGAUGUUCUUUGAACAGUGUAUCAAAGAUCCUAUUCUUAGAAAACAUGGGAAAAACACAUGGAUCCUACAAACGUCCAAUAAAGCAGAUAUGGAAAGUGUAUGUGCCAGCAAUCUGCAGCAGUAUGGCAUAUCGGUGGAGGUGUACAAGGAGAAGGAGGAGGAUGGCUUGGUGGACAGACGGCGGUUUGUCCUCAGCGGCUUGGACGACUGCUGCUCCUCCGACACCCUCUCCAUGUACAUCCACAGCUGCAGCCAACGGGCGGGGCACAGCUGGGAGGCUGUGGGUGGAGACAGCAUCGUGGUCACCUUCAAAGAGGACAUAGAUGGGUACCAAUUCAUGACAAACAUUUUCACCAAGAGAUUUAACAACAAAAAGAUUGAGGCCUGUCGUUUGGAACUGACCAAAUCUGUUAUUGUACAAGGAGACAUGAGUCAAAUUUCUGAAGAAUUCCUUACACUGCAUUUCUCCAACAAAAUGCGCAGUGGAGGGGACAUAAUUAAGUCUUUUGUCCAUGUCAACCAAAACAAAAGCAUUGUAAUUACCUUUGAAGACUGGAAGGUUGCUCAGAGGGUAGCCGAACGCAAACACACUCUGAUGAAAAAGGAACUUGUGGCACAACUCUUCUACCCUGACCUCCAGUGGGUUUUGACAGGACAAACACACCUCCAGGACAAUUUAUCAACUGAUAUUGCCAUCCCAGUCACACCUGACCUCCUGAGAUUUAUCAGUUGCAAUGAGAUCUUUCGAGAAGAGCUCACGUCUGCGCUUCAAAGGGUCGAGGCAAUGGUUUCCUUCAACUUUGACUCAAAACACCCACAAUUGGAGCUGAAGAUGUCAAUGAACAAGUAUUCAUUGGGUCUUCUCCGGCAUGGCUCCUCCUGGGAGAGUAAUGCUCGAAGAGAGGUUCAGACUCACUUGGAGAAGUACAUUGUGGAGCACAUCCCAAUGAAGGCUGAGGUCUGGCAGGCAGUUAAGGGUAGUUGUCCCGAAGUCAAUGUUGCUACCGCCCUCAUCGCCUAUAAAAUCUGCUCCUCAGAGUUAGUGGUUGUCGGGAGAUGGGAGGAAGUAGAGACACUUGUGAAGGAGAUCAAGAGCAAGAUGGAAAAGGCCAGUGAUGAGCUCCAUGUAGUGAAAAACACCAUAGAGAAAGAGAUCCAACUCGACUCCAAAGAAAGGUUAGAUCUCACGUUAGAUCUUGUUAGGGAUGAAUUGGUGGAUUUGGACCUAUCCAAAAAUAAUGAAAACUUUACCAUACAUCUUAAGGGGCUCAGUGAAAAGGUGCAAACGGCAGAAACCCGAAUCCAUGAAUUCCAAGAUACUUUGACUUCGAAAAAGCUUGAUUCUUCCCAUAACCUUAUACAGUUUUUGCAGUCCCUUGACUUAACGAAGUUCCGAAAUGAUCACUUUUCUCUGGACAACAUUGUCGCUGUUGUGAUCUGUGGCAAGGAGUCUGUCUCAGUUCUCGCUAAGAAGGGCGACAUUGACAGGGCCGAAAAUAAACUCAAGGAGGUAAUCAAGCAAGAAGCUCUUUCUAUUUCCGGGGAGUACAACAAGGAAACCUUUGCUGAGCAAUGGAAAACUUUUUACGCGGAACUCAAAAAGGAACUUGAAUCUACUCAGAACUCGCAAAAUGUUCUCAUUGAAUAUUCAGGGGACAAAAUUGUGUUAUGUGGAUUCCGUUCUGUGGUCGACAAUGUCAUUGCCAAGGUUAAGGGAUGUCUUGAGAACAAGAAAGUAGUGACAGAAGACAUCCCUCUGAAAACGCUGCAGGAGGUUGAAUUUGUUGAGUCUUUCAUGAAUCUCCCAGCGGAUCCUCAGCUCAAAGCCCUGGGGGUCACCAUUUUGCCCUGCCGAUCUCCACAAUCUCCAUGUCUCAAAGUCACAGCUACACGUGAUCAUAUCAAAGAAGCCAUAGAUGUGGUGAAUAGUCACAUCAGAACAAUAACAACCACAAAGUACAUGUACUCAAAAGCUGGUGAGGCAAAGAUCCUGAAAAAUAACAACUCUUUACUCAAGAUGCAGGCGAAAGGCUUGAGCUGUAACCUUGAACUAUCAGAACAGAAUAUCACUCAGCGGUUCAGCUAUGAUCUCAAGGGUGGUGUGACAUUGACACUUGCUCAGGGUAAUAUUGCCAAACAGACUUCAGACGUUUUGAUUUGUCCACUGGUCAACAUGUCCUAUAACAAUCCUGUUGCACAGCAAUUCCUAGAAAAUGGAGGACCCGAGAUUAAAAAUGCUAUCGAUGGAUUUGAGAAGGCGAAGCAAAGUCUUUUGGCCGGAGAUGUGAUCAUGACCAAUGCGGGCACUCUAAAAUCCAAAAAGCUCAUAUACGCAGCAAUCCCAGUUUGGGGAAAAAGUAUUUCAGAUCUGAAUUCUACGUACCUUGUGAGAGCAGUUUUACAAAGUCUUGUGAAGGGUUCCAACCACCAUUGUGGCUCAUUGGGCAUGCCAGCACUAGGAUGUGGAACCUUUGGGUUUCCGAUAAAAGACAGCUGUGAAGCAAUAAUGAAGGGGAUAAAUAGCUUCAUUGGUUUGGGUUGUGGAUCAAUGCUGACCAUUCAUCUGACUGAGUCUGAUCCCAAAACAGUUGAAGGAUUUAAAUCUGCCCUUGAAAGCUUGGGUUACCAUCCAACAGAUCCCACCAAAACCAAGAUACCACUCAUUCCUUCCUCAACAGGUGCCUCCCAUAUUGGACCCCUUCCAUCUCUACAAGCGUCAAACACAAUAGUGAUUGGAAGAGUCUCUGUGAUCUUGAAGAAGGCAGACAUCACUCAGGAGAAUGUAGAUGUCAUCGUGAAUUCAAGCAACCAGAAUCUAGAUCUGAACACUGGUGUGUCUGGGGACAUCCUUAAGGCAGCUGGACAAUCUGUGGUGGAUGAAUGCAAAAAACAUGGUCCCCAGGCUGUUGGCAAUGUUGCGCUCACGGGUGGUGGAAACCUGAACUGUAAACAUAUCGCUCAUAUUGCGGGACCUGCAAAGACAACUGCAUCUAUACUCCAGGUUCUUCAGCUGUGUGAAAGCAAGCAAGCUGCCACUGUGUCUGUUCCUACCAUUGGCACAGGAAAAGGUGGCUGUCUCCCUGAGGAUUCUGCGAAGGCCAUGCUACAGGGCUUGAGACAACAUAUAUUAUGCACUCCCUUAUCCAGCCUUAAAACGAUCUUUUUAGUGGCCUUUGAAGACCGGACUUAUGAAAUCAUAAAGAAGUAUUUCAAUAAGCCGAGAUAUAGUAAAACCCCAAGGGCCGGCAUACAAAUGAUGGCUGUACCGGUUGCACCACCUCUGAAUCAAGCUCUAGUUAAGAUCAAGAGUGCCUUGGUUGAACUGAAGCAAGGAAACAUAACUGCAGAAACUGUGAAAGCCAUUGUCAACAGUACAAAUGAGGAUGUGAACUUAAAAAAUGGUGUGUCUGGGGCCAUUUUUAAUGCUGCUGGAUCUGCAGUUGAAGUUGAGUGCGCCAAAAUUCGACCCCUGAGGAGCAACGAUGCAGGAGUGACCAGCGGAGGAAGCCUGCAGUGUGACUUCAUCAUCCACAUAGUAGGCCCGAAAAGUGUGGAGCAGGCUGUUGAGCGUGUGAAGAAUGUGCUGAAGCACUGUGAGGAUAAAAAUAUCCCCUCCGUGUCAUUCCCUGCGAUUGGAACUGGCGGGGGUGGAAUGAAAUUCCAAGAUUCUGUUUUUGCUCUGCUGUCUGGCAUUGAAGCCCAUUUUUCAAAGCAUAAAUUCAGUGCUCUGAAGCAGAUCUACCUAGUGGUUGACCAGGUCAAGGCCAUGAAAGAGUGUCAGCAGGUCCUCCUUUCCUGGACACAGGUGACACAAGAUAUGGUUGAUGAUGACGACAGCAGUAAUGACUCUUCCGGUGACGAAGAUAACUCAGGAGCGACCACUGCUGAAAUGUUGAUCAGGCCGGUGAAAGUGAAACUGUUUUGUGGUGACAUAACAAAGGAAAAAACGGAUGCUAUCGUCAGUAGUACCAACACUAGCCUGAAUCUCAAUUCAGGUGUGUCAGGAGCUAUUCUCAGUGCAGCUGGACAAACAGUGGUUGAUGAAUGCAACAAUUUAGGUAAUCAACCUGGUGAUGGUGUGGUCAUCACCAAACCUGGCAACCUUGCAGCAAAACACAUCAUUCACAUGGUGGGCCAGACCAAGUCGAAAGACAUUAUCAGCUCCAUGCUCAAGGUCUUCAAGAUGUGCGAGGACCAUAAAAUCCAGUCGGUUUCCUUUCCAGCACUUGGCACAGGUGUUGGAAAACUGUGUGCUGUGGAUGUUGGCAAUGCAAUGGUCACUGCAGUAGAAGAACACAUAAAAAUGACCAAAACAACGUCCCUUAAGGAUGUUCAUAUAGUGAUUUUCCAAACCACCAUGUUCCAGGAUUUUCGGAAGAGCUUGAAGAAAUGUAAGAAAGUGACACCAAUGGUUAAAAAACUGACAGCACAGGCAAAAAUAAGUGCCUCCCAGGGAGGAUCUGUGGCCCCUACCCAGCAGCCUUCCAUGUGUCUGGCAGGUGCCUGCGGGGAUGUGUCCUUCCCCAAAGUGGAGGUUGAGGUUCUUGGCUGCUGUUCGAGUGACCUGGCAAACGUCAAAAAACUUGUGGAUGACCUGGUGACGAAAGAGUGGAAGCUGCACCAGAUCAGCUCCCCCUACCUGACCCUCCUCCUCCCCUCAGAGAAACAGGCCAUCGUGGCUCUCAGCCGGAGCCUCCAGGUGUGCGUCAGUGUGUCGGCCCCGGACAAGGCCACCGUGUCAGGGAAGGAGGCCGACGUCCUGACCAUGGUUCUCCAGAUCGAGAAGGAUCUGCAAAAGGCCAAGGAGCGUGCGACCCGGCAGGAAGAAGAGAAGAGGCUGUGGAAGACGGUGCGUUGGGAGGUCUACGACAGGGAGGCCUGGGCAGAACUGGACCCCUCUGUCAGUAUAGAUCUUGAGCACGCCCUGCAUAAGAAAGAGCAGUGCAUCAGCUACACCCUGCAGAACCAGACCUACACUGUGAACCUGGAUAAACUGGAGCGGACCGACAGGAAUGGAACCAUCGCUAGAAUAAAGAGGACCCUGAAGGCUGGUUCUGAAAUAGCUGUCAUAGAGCCACCACCAAAAUGGGAUAGGAUGGAUAACAAGACUCUGGACAUAGUGGAUCUGUCUCCAACCUCUGAACAGUACAAAAAGGUUCAGGCAAAUUUCCUGCAAACAUCCAAAGAUCCCACUAUGGCCACCCCUGCAACAUUUACAGUGGUUAAGAUCCAGAGGAUUCAGAGCAAAGACCAAUGGCAGAGAUACGCUUUGCAAAAACAGGUGCUUGAUGAGAAAUAUCCCCAUAACAAGAAUGAGAUGGACCUUUACCACGGCACUACAGCUGAGAUUUGCCAAAAGGUCAACAGCAAUGGCUUCAACAGAAGCUUCUGUGGAAGAAACGCCACUCUGUACGGCAACGGAACCUAUUUUGCCAAGCAAUCCUGGUACUCGUGCAACGACAAAUACUCUAACCCGGACGCCCAGGGGCUGAAGUACAUGUACCAGGCUCGGGUGCUGGUGGGGAAGCCCUGCCUGGGGACUCCUGGCAUGGUGGAGCCAGCCCCCCUGGACCCCAAUAACCCCUACUCCGGCCUCCACGACUGUGCAGUAAAUAACGUCCAGAACCCCUUCAUUUAUGUGGUGUUCAGCGAUGCAGGGGCAUACCCCGAUUACCUCAUCAGCUACAAGGCUUCUUGAUAAGGGUUAGGGUAAGGGUUUCUUGACAAAGCUGCAUACCACCACGCAUUAUUAAAAGUAAUUACUCAAAUUUCAUUAAUUGACUGGCAUAUUCAAGUUUUUCUCUUUUCAGAUUUUGGAUAAUUCUUUUUUUCAGAUAUUUUCCCUUUCAUAUGAUGCAAUUGAUAGUUCAAAUUAGAUUAAAAUUGGCCAUUAUAUUGUACUUUUUGUUUGUUGUUUCACUGUUCUGUUGGCUACUAGACUACUACUACACCACUAAACUUUUCUGAAAAGAAAAAUGUGUUGAUGCCGUAAUCCAUUAUAAUUGGCUUUUAGGACAUUUUAUUCAAUGGCCAAUCAAUCAUGGUGCACCUUAAAUCAUGUCUAAACAAUAUUUGAAAAAAGCAUUUAAUCAUAAAUGUUGAUCACUUUCUUUCGUGACGUGUAAAUUGUCCUCCAUGGUUCAUUUGGUCAACAGACCGUUUCUAGAAUACAAAUUCAAAAUGCUGUAAAGAUUUUAGUGUAUGGUGUAAAAGCUCAAAUUGAAUGAACAAAAUGUAGGAGAAAAACCUCUGAUUGGUUAAACUAACAGGGCAUUUUGGGAAAAGACCACACAUUAGCAUUAGGAUGAUAUUUAUUGUUUAAAAGCAUACAGAAACUUGUUAAUUAAUAAAUAAUAACUAGAAUGUGUUUCGUCCUAAAGAACUGCGAGUGUGUGGUUGCUAAAAAGCUAACGUCCAGCUAACGUCAGCGCUAACAUCACCGCUGCCUGAACGUCGUAAAAAGUAGUUCAAUUCGGUGGGAAAUGACACCCAAUCUGGCAACACUGCCUGCAUGUCCUCCACACUCUAACCUCAGCGUAAAUCAAUGGUACCAAUUGAAAACGAUGCCGAUA